AUGUCAGGUCUUAUGCCUUCCGAUGAUGAGGAUGAAUACGGAAACACCAUUCGCCGUGCCCCUGUCAAGUAUCCUUCGCGUCUCAUGAAUCGCUCUCCUUCCCCCGAGCCUCAGCCGGCCAAGGAUUAUAGCUAUCUUAAACCUCUUGGUGUCAAUGAUUAUUCGUCAAGAUUGUCCCCUGAGAGCGAGGAGCGGGAGCGUUUGGAGGAAAUCGAAGAUACCAAGCGAGCAGUUAAGGAGAGAGCUGAAGAGAAUGAGGCCAACCGAAUCGCCCAGGCUGAGUUGGACCGUCAAGUCGAGGAGCAGAAGGCAGUCAAUCACAAGCUUCAGUUCGAGCCAAAGUAUGAGGCUGAAAAUGGCGAAGGAAGUAGCAAAGGAAGCAAAGAAAUUGGUCGUGGAAAUGCGAAGAAGUGA